UUUAGUAUGAGAUUUAUUGCUAAUAAGCAAACUCGAUAAUUUAGAAAAGCACAAUGGGCCAUGAAACUUCGAGAGGAACCCGUCCUAAUAAAAGAAUAUUCAAUGAUUGUUCUUUUUUAAUUGUUGUAUAUUAAAGCCUAAUGAUCAACUUCCACUCCAGCUUCAGAAACAAAUUUAUACUGAUCCGUUACAUAUAUAUAUGUUGCAUAGAUCAAAAUAAAUACGCUGUCAAUGUGGGGUUUGAUUGGGAAGGUAAAAUAUAUAUGAAAUCAUGGGCAAUAUUCGUGGAACUUUUAUAGUAGUAAUACUCGCGAUAGUGGUGGCGAUUCAUUUUUCAGAGGUUGAUAGUCGCCGAAAUAAACAUUGGGGGAAGAUGUUAGCAGACGCAUUCAUGAGACCAUGGAAUGAUAUGACCAAAAUGGUUAAAGGGCCAAGUUAUAGAUACUGGCAUCAUAGAAGAGGUUCAAAUGGGCGAUGGGAAAAACGCAAGUAUGGUCACUCGGAUUCAGAGUCCGGAUCAAGGUCGUCAGAAUCAAGAUCUGAGUCAAGUUCUCGUGAAAGAAAAUUUUCAUCGAGGUCCUUCGAGUCUUCGUCAUCCGAGUCAUCGAAUUCAAGGGAUGAUCGUAUAAUGGAAGUGGAGUCAUUUUAUCUUUUUCUGGAUUCGAAUGGCUGCUCGAACGUCACAGCUUUCCAGCAUUUUAUGUCAUCAUACAAUAAGAAAAUGGACAAGAAGUAUGAAUAUAAUGACAAGGGUGAAAUACUUCAUGAAAUGUCUAGGUUAGCAGGGGAAGAACUACUUGGUCAUAUCGACCCUGUUCCACAAUCUUGCCCACAAAAAUGUCUAAACUAAUCCUAAACAAACUUAUUGUAGUCCUCAUGGGUAUAUUUAGUUUAAAUUUAAUGAAGAUAUAUGUAAAACUAUUUUCGGCCUAAUAAAUACA